AUGGGAAACACCUCCUCGAGCAAAGUUCCACCCCCUCCAAACGAACCCCCACCAUCCGCAUGCCCAGUUGACCCCUCCGCCCGCGCAGCAUGGCUCGAAGCCGCAGCCAAAGAAACCCACCCUCAACCACCCCCCUCCCCCUCCCCCUCAACCUCCAAAUCCACGUCCCCGUCCCCCGUUCCUCCACCCAAACUCACCACGCCACGCCCCCUAGCUUCCGACCGCGUCACAAGCUCCAUCCCGCGCGCCGAGUUCUCCCCAAACACCACAACCCCGACGCCCACAUCGGCCCCACCACCGCAUAGUCCGCACGCGGCGGCGGCGUCGUCGUCGAAUUGGAUCUACCCCUCGGAGAAAAUGUUCUUCGAAGCCAUGCGGCGCAAGAACCACAGCCCCGACGCCGCGGACAUGGCGACGGUCGUGCCGAUCCACAACGCCGUCAACGAGCGCGCGUGGGCGGAGAUCGAGGACUGGGAACGGCGGUUCGCGGGUGCGCGGGAUCGGCGAUGCGGUGGGCCGAAGUUGCGGAGCUUUAGUGGGGAUAGCGGGAAGGUUAGUCCGAGGGCGAGAUGGCUGGGGUUGUGGGGGUAUGAGAGCCCGUUUGAUCGGCAUGAUUGGGUUGUGGAGAGGUGUGAGGGGAGGGGGGUGGAGUAUGUGAUUGAUUUCUAUAGGGGCAGGGGUGGGGGGUUGGCUUUUUAUUUGGAUGUUAGGCCUAAGUUGAAUAGUUGGGAGGGGUGGAGGAUGAGGUUGGGGAGGCUGAUGGGGAUGUAA